ACAAGCCAACAGCCCAAGAGCGGCGGCGGAUGCGUUCAUGCGGUCCUCCACAGAUGCUUGGAGUGGAGGCACCUCCAUGGAGCCAUCCCAAACCAAGCUAUCUCCUGCCAAGGAUUCGUCCCAGUCCACCAGGGAGACACUGCAGGAUGGAAACACCAAGGGUACGGUUUCCUGCCUCUCACUCUCGUCCAAUUCACCCACCAAUUAACAUUGUGCCCAACGCAUGGCAAAACACGAACAUGGCUUACACAGACCAAGGAAACAAUGUCGUUACGAGACAGAAUCGACAUCCUAGUAACCCUGUGGGGCCGUUUCCAGGAGUAGCACCAUGGCCAAGGCCUUUUCUUCCCAACAAUUGGCCAACUCCCCCACCGAUGGGCAUUUCUGCAGUACAGAAUCCAAGUGCUGUUAAUCCUAUGGGGCCUAUGCCAGGAGUAGCACCCUUUCCACUGCCCUCUUCUUCCAACACCUGGCAAACUCCGUUAACGAUGAACGUUGGACCAAACACAUGGGAAAAAAACAACGUGCCUGACAUGGAACAUGGAUUUUGGAUACCUGCGGAACAGAAUCCGUUUCCUCAUAACUACAUUGGAUCUGGCCCGAUGCAAGUUCAACAGUUAUCACCAUACCCAACAGUACCUUACGUAGCGGAGCAGUCUCAUGCAUAUGGUACUAGUCCAUCAGAAACUGUGAAUCCUUGAUCACCAUGCAAAGUGCU